AUGCCUCCCGGGCGCCCGCCAAAGCGCAGCCGCCCCUCUCGCCCACAGAGCCCUCCUCCAUCGCCCACUCCCAAAACACACACCACCACAAACGCAGACACAGCUACCCACCCUAACGUCCAGGCCUCCUCGCCCUCCCAUCCCUCCACCUCCUUCAUCUCUGCCGACGAUGACGCCCGCCGAUUAUCCCCUUUCCUCAACACCACCUUUUCCACCCAUCGCCUGUCGCCCCUCUACAUCGGCUCCCAGCCUCUCACACAAGAUCGAAUACACACCCUGUCCCGCCGACUCCGCGACUUCCUGGUGGGCGACGUUGUUAGAGGUGUUGAGGUUGGACUGGAUCGCUCUGGCGAUGAUGGCGCUAUGGCGAGGGCCGGCGCUUUAGAGGCUGUCGCCAUUGCCUGGGUCACCCUCGACAGCCUGGUCGGGUCGUAUGCAGGCCAAACAAGGUCGCUAAACGAACGGGACGCCGACCCCGAGCCGGCCAUGGGGAGUUCGGCCCACGACGAAGCCGGAGACAUGUCUGGGCUGAGCACGAGCACCGCUGUGCCGGCUUCGCCUGGCAAGAGGAGAGCAUUGCAGAUCUCACUGCAGUACGAGCAUGCCGAGUGCGCAGCGCUGCUGCUGCCCUCACCCAAGGGCAUCGCAAACUCCGAAGACGCGGCGACCCCCGGCUCUCUGUCCAACUUCGCUAACGGCAGGCCGGACGAGAACGACCCUGAAUUCCUCCACCUGCCCCUCCUGCUACUGCGCAUGCCCGCACCUCUGAAAGCCGCCAUCACCGGCUUCCUCAGCCGCACCUUCGACUGUCGCAUCAGUGCCCUCAGUCUCGGCAGUCGAAGCCUGGUGCGCGCCCUGGAGACGUGGGCGGGCGAGUUGGGAGUCCAUGCCAAUGCCUACUCUCCCAAAGAUGUAGUGAUCACGCUGGGUUUCUACAGCCCGACGGUCAUGCGAUCUCACACUUGGCUGCGGCCGAGGCAGCAGCAGCAGCAGCAGCAGCAAGGCGUGACUCUGGACAAGCAUACCGAGAGGGAGGAGGAUGAUGCUUCCGGAGCAUCAGAAACCGUGUUGGGAGUCAAGUCAAUCGACGUCAUCAUCCCGAGUGCCGACCUUCGGCGCUUCAUCUGCGCAGGCAAGGCAGGCAUAGCAGGGCAAGACAAUCCCUCAAGCCGGGCUGGGGACAGGCGGAAGGGGUCCGGCGAGGGGGAUCAAGACUGUUAUGGGGAGGCCAAGCGCAGGAAACUGGGAGGUGACAAGGAUGAGGAGGGCUGGGCCUGGCGACAGCGGCCUGCAGUCUCGAAGCACUCGGGUAGCAGGCUGGGGUCUGGUUCAUCGCAGCCAUUCACCGAGGCGCUGGCCCAGUACAUUCAGCACCAACUCUCCCUGGAUAUGUUCCACCCAGCAGUGCGGAUAUCCAAGAUCGCCUGUGGAGGCUUUGUGUUGUCUGAGGGCCGUGUCAAGCUAUUCGGCGUGGCUCCAAGCAUGGAGGGUGACAAUGUGAUUCCAGAUACCAUACAGAGGGCUGUAUGGGGGGUCUUGGAUGUGCUGUUGAACAGGGCCCUUGUGAAGUUACCAUACGAGACGCUACCGGGGAUGCCCUUGUGGACUCGGGAGUAA